AUGAUCCCACGGAGUCACCCAAUUACCAUGGCCACCCAUAUCCUCCGUUCCAUUCCCAAUGGUCGCCUUUUCUCGCGGCGUGCCUUCUCCAGCACUGCCGCCUCCAGGGCCGACGUCACACAUGCGGUUAUAGGCGCAGGGGUCGUCGGACUGGCAGUUGCGCGCCAACUAGCCAUGAAAGAGGGCACAUCGACAAUUCUGCUCGAGAGACAUGACGCGCCAGGGACGGAGACGAGUAGUCGCAAUUCAGAGGUCAUCCACGCAGGCCUCUACUACGGCGCCGACACCCUCAAAACCUCCCUCUGCAUCAAAGGCAAAGAGCUCCUGUACGCACUCUGCGCCCAGCACAACAUCCCGCACCGCAACACCAAGAAAUGGAUUGUCGCCCAAACCCCAGAACAAUGGGAAGCCUGUCUGCGCGUGCACGAGCAUGCCAAACGCAUCGGCGUCCCCACGCGCAUCCUAGGCCAGGAAGAAGCGCAGCGGCGCGAACCUGAAGUGCGCGCCCUGGCCGGCAUCGUGGAGAGCCCGACAACCGGCAUCAUCGACAGUCAUUCCUUAAUGACCUAUCUACAAGGAGAUUUCGAAGAUCGCGGCGGAGACUGCGCGUUCAUGACACAGGUGACGGGCAUUGAACCCCUCCCUGCUAGUGAGGGCGGCGGAUACCGGAUCAGCGCUGUGUCAGCGGACGGGAGCGAGACGACCAUCACGGCGGAGACAGUGAUCAACAGUGCAGGCAAUGGGGCCUGUGCGAUCAAUAACAUGGUGAUGCCGGCUGAGCGGCAUCGAAAAGCUUAUUUCGCCAAGGGGACGUAUUUCUCUUACUCGGCUUCCACGCCGAAGACCUCGGUGCUGGUGUAUCCGACUACGCUGCCGGGAACGGGCGGGCUAGGGACCCAUUUGACCCUUGACAUGGGCGGCAGGAUCCGGUUUGGGCCGGAUGUCGAGUGGGUGGAGGAUCCGAGUGAUUUGAGGCCCAGUCCGGCAAGGUUGCAGCAGGCGUUGCCGGAGAUCAGGGCGUAUUUGCCUAAUGUGGAUGUUGAGGCGAUCGCUUUGGAUUAUUGUGGGAUCCGGCCUAAGUUGGGGAAGGGAGGGGCGGUGAAUACAGGGAAAGGGUUUCAGGAUUUUGUGAUUCAGGAGGAGGAAGGGUUUCCUGGGUUUGUGAAUUUGUUGGGCAUUGAGAGUCCUGGAUUGACGAGUUGUUUGGCCAUUGGGGAGAGGGUGAGAGAUAUCCUGUAUGCUUAG